AUGGUAUUUGAGAUGGUUUUACAAAAUAUUAUAUUUCAAUAUGUAAAUCUGAUAUCGAGAAGCUUCAAAAGAUCGUAUUUAAAGUGGCAAAAAGUAGUGCAAACUCCACAUACUUUGGCUUCCUAUGGGUACUUUCAGUUGUUGAAAGUCUGUCUAGACAAUAUGAAGAUUGAAGACUCACUUUGUUUUAAUUUGAAACCGUUGGAGGGUGCAAUCAGUUGUGGCAACUUGGAGAUGUUUGAAUAUCUAUUGGAUCACUACCGAGUGGAGCAAAGACUGUCGAUAAUCAACAUCAGCAAAACCAUACUCUUUGACCUAUUGGCACAUGCAGCAAAGUAUGGCAGAAUCGAUAUAGCAAUGCUUUUGUUCAAGCGGUUCAGUGAGCAUCGAUGGAUUGUAAGAGGAGCUUUAAUCAAAGCACCAAAGUCAGGUGAUUUCAAACUGUUUAAAUUCCUAUUGGAGCAAUACGAUAGACAUGAAAAAGCACCGGCCUAUGCCAAAGUAUUCGAUAGCGUGGCGAAAUACGGCCGUCUGGAAAUGUUAGAGUGGUUGUUCAGUCAAUAUCCCGAUGGUCAUAACGGUUCGAAUAUGUUUGUUUAUGCAAUAGAGAAUGGACACACUCAUAUCGUUGAAUACCUGUUGGAGAAUCACAGAUAUCUAUUUCAACCGAAAAAAGAACACUACUUGAAAGCGGCAGCAUCAUCCAAGAGUAUUGGUGCAUUGGAUUUAUUCAUUCGACUUUACCGACUGGGAUGUCAGUGUUCGAUCAACGUGAUUGAUACUGCUGCAGCCAGUGGAAAUCUCGAAAUCAUAAAAUGGAUACACUCAAACACAACUAUUCCAUUUCAUAGAUCAACAAUGAAUACUGCUGGUCGUUUAUCACAAUUCGAAGUUCUCAAGUGGCUACAUGAGAAUAGAACUGAAGGUUGCUCUGAGAAUCUAAUAGAUCUGGUGGUUAUAAAGAAUGAUCUUCAGCUUAUUAAAUAUUUACAUCAUAAUCGAUCUGGAAGUUGUACAGUCAAAGCAAUGAACAGAUCACUAAAACUUGGACACCUACAAACGGCGAUAUGGCUUUAUGAAAAUCGAACUGAACGAUUUACACCUGGAAUCAUCAAGAAAGUUGUACUGAAUGGAGAGUUGAAUUCUAUUAGAUGGUUGGAAGAGAACACAGAGGAGCGAUGCACUGACUAUUCAUUGGAGGUAUCAGUAAAACUCGGGUUUCUUGAUGUUGUCAAAUAUCUCCACGAAAGAAAUGGUUCGAACAAUCGAUACAGCUUCUCUACUAAAACAAUGGAUUUGGCUAUAAGAGGCGAUUACUUAAAUAUCGUCGAAUGGUUAAAUGAAAACAGAACGGAGUGUUGCUCCGAAACUGCCAUCACCGAUGCUCUACAGUAUUGUCUCGAUGGUUCAGCAGUUAUACGAUGGUUAUUCGUUAAUCAAACAAAGUCAACUAUUCCAUCGACUGACGUCGAAAAGCUUGUCAAAUUCCUUAUCACUCUGAAUCGUCAUAGAAAUCUACAUUGGUUGUUAGAGAAUAUAGAUGUUUCAGUCGAGCAACUCAUUCAAUAUCAGAAUUCAAUUGGAAAAGGUACAUCAUUUGAAUCAAAUGAAAUAAUCAAAUAUCAUAUUGCAAAAAAAAUAUAA